AUGCAAGUGGCUGGGGGCACACUGGGAGCACUGCACGAGCCUCUGUGUGGGUUAAGGAGGAAAAUCGGAGUGGAUAGUUUGCCUCACCACGCUACUGCCACUCCUACUGGUAAGGUUGAUUCAAUUCACCCAGAAUGUGAAAUCAUUUCAGAGCUUUUUAAAGCAGAGACUCUUUGCUUAGAAAAACAAUACAAUGAAUCAUCCUUAAAAGAAAGGCACGUGUGCAAAACUGAAUGGGAUGGUAUACAAUGCUGGCCCAGAGUUGCAGUUAGUGAAUUGGUCAGUGUGAUAUGUCCAGAUUUCUUUCGACAUUUUACAACUAAACAAGGACUUGUCUAUAGAAACUGCACAGACAGGGGCUGGACCUACUCAUUCCCACCAUACUCUGAAGCCUGUGACUUUGAUAAUGACACAGGCAUGGAACCAGAGAAUAAGAAAUUGUACUACUCAACAUUUCAACACAUCUACACUGCAGGUUAUUCCACAUCACUGGUUUCACUAAUAACAGCCACUGUUGUUUUUGCUGUUUUCAGGAAGUUCCAUUGCACCAGGAAUUAUAUCCACAUGAACCUAUUUCUUUCAUUCAUCCUCCGAGCCAGUGCUGUUUUCAUAAAAGACGCUGUGCUCUUUGCAGAUGAUAACGUGGAUCACUGCUCCAUGUCCACGGUUUCGUGUAAAGCUGCUGUUGUGUUCUUUCAAUUCAGCAUUCUGGCUAAUUUCUUCUGGCUACUGGUGGAAGGCAUGUACCUAAAGACACUUCUGGCACUAACGUUUGUUUCAGAGAAGAAAUAUUUCUGGUGGUACAUUUUGGUGGGAUGGGGUGCUCCAGCUACAGUAAUGACUACAUGGGUACUCACUAGGAUUUAUCAUGAUAACCAUGGAUGCUGGGAUGACAAUGAAGAUACCACAGUUUGGUGGAUCAUAAGGUGCCCAAUACUUUUUGCAGUUUUUGUCAACUUUGUUAUAUUUGUGAACGUUAUCAGAAUACUGGUACAGAAACUGAAGACACCAGCUGUGGGAGGGAAUGAUUCAAGCCGUUUUUUGAGGCUUGCAAAAUCAACUCUGCUUCUCAUUCCACUGCUUGGAGUUCACUAUAUUGUCUUUGCAUUCUUCCCAGAAAACACUGGAAUAGAUGCAAGACUAUAUAUUGAGCUUGGAUUAGGCUCUUUUCAGGGUUUUUUUGUGGCUUUACUUUAUUGUUUCUUGAAUGGAGAGGUUCAGGCAGAACUGAAGAAACAUUUAGAAAGGUGGCAUGGUGAGGGAUGUUUGAGUUUUAAACAAAAACGCAGAGCCUUGUCCUCAGAGAGCAGCACUGGGAACUUCGUGUCUCAACUCAAUGAACUUGAAAAACGUAGCCCUAAAAGAAGACCAUCUGGAUACCACAACUGUAUUUCCUCUGUGUGAUGUUCAUUUGGUUGGCUACCUAAGGCUAUGUGUUGUAUCUGCAAGGCACAGUAGUGUGUCAUUUUUAAGCUAUUACUUGUUUGGGGGACCAGGUGGCUCAGUGUAUUGGUAUGUGUCAUAUGAAGUUCAGGUCAGCGGUUUUUGAUGAAAUUUGUGUUGGGGCCUUUGUUAAAUAUUUCUUGUGCGCAAAGUUCAGUUCCUAGUUCUGAAAUGUAAGUGCAAAGUUACUUUCAAAACAAACGUGCACACCAUCCUGAAACACUACUGAACACAACAUUGCCUUCAUAGUACAGGAUUAUUUUUCUGUUUCUAUAUUUUAUUAAUUUACUGAAUUGAUUGAGUUCUUUCUCACACUGAUUACUGGAGCAAUCUGCUAGUAUACAAUACCCUCUUUCAUCUGAUGCACAGACAUAGAUUCACAACAAUUGUCAAUAUCUUUAUAAUUAUUUUUUAAAUGGUUUGAAAACUUUAUACAUGCUGAUUGGCUGAUUCCAAACCAUGCCACUUAUGCCACUGUACUGCAUGUAAAUCUGUGAUCUCAUGCAGCACAAUUUGAUAUCCAUACAACAUGUAGUGUACCCUGGUCAUCUUCCAACAUUAAUUAAUUGAUUACUCACCCUAAGGAGUGUGUUAAAAGUAAAUUAUUAUUUUCUCCGAAAUGAAACAUUGCGCUACAAAUGUCCAUAACUUUUUGGUCACUGCAUUCUUUUAAAGGAGUAGUGCUACUGUACUAGGAAACCUAUAUUUGGCAACGCAAAUGGAGGUUUACGAUUUGACUAAAUGCACUUAGUGUGAAAAGACUGUGUGGACAUCAAUAAUUAUUAUGGAAAUGUUGUAAAAUUAUAAUUUAUGCUUGACCACAAAAAGUGCACAACAAGAACAGGAAAACAACAUCACUGCAUUGAUAUAUAUAUAUCAAUGUUCAACCUCUCAUUUUAGUGCUACUACUGUGGAUACAUACUGUAAAUGUCACAUGUUGUCAAUAAGGCAGCUUUCAGGAACACAGAAUCAAUCAUAACUUAUUUUAAAAUUAUUUUAUAAAGUACAUUUACAUAGAGGGAGAGAAUAAACAUGUUUUGUAAGCUUAGUUCAGGUAUAAAGAUUUGGGUCUAAACAAGACUAAGGGCUUAAUUUAGAAGUGCUUACCAUAUGCAAAAUAUGAUUACUGUGUGUAGUUCUGUCCCCAGUAUCCUGUUUACUAUUCUCAUUUACAUGCGGAAAAAAAGGACUGAGUGGAUGCAAAAUGAAAGGGGCAGAAUAGGGCUGUCGCCUCAUUUGCACUGAAUUGAAUUGAUGAUGUUUAUGUAUGCAAAGCAGCAUGUUAAACACAGAUAAUGAGCUGCCAUACAUUCAUGAGCUAUUCACGAAUGUCUGACAAGAAUUUUGUGCUGGCAAAAAUGACCCAAAAAUUCUUCCAACUGAAUGCUGCGACAAAGCAGAGAGCAUAGGCGGUGGAUGCUGUGUACUAUAAACAGCUUUUCGUUAGAAACACAGAGUUUAAUGGCAGAUAUUUCAGGUGCUGUAUAACCAUAACAUGUUAAGGUGACACUAUGAUUUAUUUUGGGCUAAUUGUAAGUAGACUAGGAUAAAAAAGAAAAUAUGCUGAAAUAAUUUAGUUUCAAUUUAAAAUGAUAUUUUAUUAUCUACAGUACACGUCCUACACCAACAUGAAGCAUAUAGUACGUAUCAGCAUGGUUUGUUCUGUAUUACAUGUAGGAUAGACACAUUAUAUAUAUAUAUACAUACACAAAUAGA